AUGCGACGCGUAAGGGAAACACUGCUCAUCAUAUACUCCGCGCUGCUGCCCCCCUUGGUUCUAAUCCCCCCUGUGCUCAAAACCAACUGCGUGCACGUAGGAAGUGACUACCUGCACGUAGGAAAUGACUACCCGCAUGGGGGGAAGGACUACCUGCGCGACCUUCUAAAAAUGGGCAUAUUUGAAAAAAACAGCACAAAAAUAAAAAAGGAGGUAUUCGAAAACAUAAACCGCACGCACGAAACAUACUCGUCAUGCAAAACAUGCAUCAAGCUUAUUCAAUUAAUAGGAAAAAUAAUCCAAAAAAAAAGAGAGCCAUAUGUAGAUAUAGCCAUAGAAGACACACUGGAAACGAAUUUGUGCGACUCCAACCUGUGGCACGAAUAUUUCAACUACGACGAGUUGUUGUAUAGUGAACACGUCUUGGAGUAUUGCAAUGCCACGUUAAAGCUCAUUAGGGAUAGCAUAGAGCAGCAUAUCUACCAGUUUUACAACAAGGAGGAAUUAUUUUACCGCAGAGUCUGCUUACAUAUCAACCCAUUAUGCAAAACUGCCAUUGAGGAGGAGAGAAUUAACCUCAGCACGGACUCCAAAGUUAAACUGAUCUAUCAGCUAUACUGUGACUACUUAAGUGGAGAGGAAAACUAUAGCCAAACGAGCCAAGGCGUGCCAUAUAAAAAAAUCGAAUCCGCAGAUAGCUCAAAUUUAACCCUGAAGAGAAGCGACUACGCACUUGUCCAAUCCGAAAUUCGGACAAUGCAACAAAAAAAAUUGGCUGACGAUUUUGCAGGCAGGAAAUUGAGACUCCUUCGAAUUAGUGAGCUUGAUGACGACGUACUGGAGGUCUUCCUUCUGAUGAAGCAACAAGACGUCUUUAAGUUCCUCUUUUAUUGCCAAUCGUGUGAAGACCCCAUACUGGAAGUCAAAAUUAAAAUACAAGACAUAUCGGACAAUGUAGAUGCCAUCCUUAAGGGGAGUUACCAGGAUGAUUUGAUCACGAAUGACAGCCAAUUUUUGCUUUACAAACGGUUCUCUACAUGA